CUGCCAGAUUGGCUAAUCGUUCGGUUUAGUUACGUGCUGCGAUCGCAGUUGAGCUGUUCGCGUUCGCGUUCCGUUCCGACACCGACACCGACGAACAGAGAAAAUCGAGAAGAAGAAAAGCUGAGCAGAAAACAAUAUACAGUGGUGCUGAAAUCAAAUACGGCCUGCAAAUUGGCAUUUAACGAGCUUCAAGCCAACUGAGUUAUGUCGGGCGACGUACAGCCGCGAAAGCGCAAGGAUAAGCGCAAAAAACGUGAUGAUCGCAAAUCGGAGGGCGACGUCACUAUACUGCGCCAGUCCAGCUUUCAAGAUGACGACGACUCGUCUUCCCAUGGCGUGCAUAUCACAAAGAUGGGAAACGACGACGUGCAUUUGCACGUGCAGCAUCAACAUGGCACCGGCGGGCAUUGGUGCGCCAAGAUUAUAUUUUUCUCCCUAAUGGCCGUGCUGCUGGGUCUGGUCGGUCUGAUUAUUAUGGAAAAUCGUGGCAUGGAGGACUUGGAUACACCCUUGUCGGAGUCACGUUAUUCCAACUAUUUUGAUGGCUGGGUGGAGGAGCAUCGUGCGGAGGAGCACGAUGAACAUGAUGAGCCUCAUUCGCAUGAAGCGGCUCUAGAUGAACAUGAUGAUGAGCACGAUGAUGAAGUGGAGGAGCCGUAUGAACAGCAUUCAGGCGAGGAAGAGGAAGCAGAGCAGGAACAUGACGACGAAGAAGCGGAGGAGGAAGAAGAGGAAGAUAAUACUGCUGCGGAAAAUGUAACAGCUGAGGAUGAGGAAGAAAAAGAUGAGGAUGAUGAAAUAGAAGAGUCUGCUGAUAGAACUCAAUCCUUGGCCGAUGAUGCUGAAGAGGAGGAAGAGGAAGCGGAUGAGGAGGAGGAUGCAGACGAUGACAUUGAAGAGUCCAUUGAGCCAAUUGCAUCCAAGUCUAGAACUCAGAGUGCGCCCGAAACAGCUGAGGAAGAUGACGAUGAAGAGGAUAAUAUUGAGGAGGAAGAGGAAGAGGAGGAGGAGGAAGAGGAAGACGAAGAGGAGGAGCCGGCAGAAUCAAUUGAACCAACGAUUUCACAAUCUCAGGCUGCUGAUGAUGAUGAGGAUGAGCAAGAUAAUGAUGAGGAUGCUGCUGAGGAGGAAGAGCAAGAGCUGGAAGAGUCUGCAGAGCCAGCAGCACAAAGUGUUGCUGAUGAUGAUGAAGAUGAUGAACAGGAUGACAAUGAUGAAGAUGAAUUCGAAUCACUCGAUCAGGACGUAGAUAAUGAGGCUGAGCUGCUAAAGGCUAAACAGGCGAAGGAGAAGGCAGCUGAAGAGAACAUUGAAGCCAUGACGACCACAUCCUGGCUGGGCUCACUUGCCGUAAAAUUUGGCGUUGGCAUUGCACUUGCCCUUGUUUCACGCCUUGUAUUGAUACGGAAUAAUCCAAAUACAACCGAUGAGCAUCAGCCGACGCCGGAAACUCAUAUGAGACGCCGUUUGACAAUUGCCACAGCCGAGGAUCAUAUACCCGAUGAUGAUACGGAGGAGCUGCCGCCGCUUGAUGAUGAGGCAUAUUCCGAAGAGGAGAUCGAAAUCGAGGAGGAAAUCGAGGUGGAGAUAAGCGACAUAGAGGAGAGCGAUGAUAAUGUUGCCCUGACGGCCAGCUAUGUGCCGGAGACCUUCGAGCAGCUGAGUGCCAUGUUCCGGCCCAAAGCUGAGUCGAAGCCCAGCGAGUCGGCGUCAGACAAAGAGCCGGAGCCAGAGCCGCAGCCGGAGCCGGAGGGUGAACCAGAGCGAGAACCGGAAACAGAACCGGAAGCCGAGGCAACAGCUGCCACAGAUAUUUAUGUGGAAUACGAAGAUGGAGACAUUGAAGAUUACGAACACGACGAAAGCGAAGAUGAUGAUGAAUUGAUCAGCGACGAGGAGGAGGAUGAAAUCUCCGAUGUGGAUGAUGCUGACCUUAUGAGCCGCUUGGAGGCCAAAUAUGGCCGAUUGCCAGCCAAGGAAUAUGAAAGCGAUCCCGAUUCCGAUGAUCCGUCCUGGACACAAAUUAAACCUAAGGAACCAACUGGUGCCAAGUCUGUUGAGGACGAACUUUUCGAGCAGGAGCUGCGCCGAGCUCAAGCCGAAAUGAUCAAUGAGAACCAUGCGAAUGCUCUGCGCGCCUUUAACACGCUCACAAACACAUACGCACACAAGCCGUUGGCUCAUUUGCGACGAGCGCAAGCGCUGGAACGGAUCGCGGAGCUGCGCCGCAGCAAUCAAAUGCUUGUGGAUGCUAUUGAGUCCUAUAAACGUUAUUUGGCUUUCGAUGAAUCGAUAACAAGUAUCGAAUAUCGCACAGCUGGCGAACGUUGCAUAGAGCAUAUGCGUUUUCUGGGUCACACACAGCAGGCGGUUGACAUACACGAGCUGCUCAUCGAGCGUUAUCCGGAGGAGGUGCAGCUGCGCAAUCAACUAUCGCUUACCUAUCUAAUGUCCAAUAAUUUGUUCAAGCUACGGCAGGUGUCUCGUGAUACGCUUAAGCGCUGGCCACAGGAUCCCUUAGCACAGUUGCACUUCGGGCUGACGCUCAAGCAGCUCGAUAGCGACUAUGCCCAGGCAUUGCCCUACUUACAACGAGCCAUAGACUCUCAAGCGGCGGGCACUCAGGAGCCCUACUUCUAUCUGGCGCUGGGCGAGACGCUGCAGCGUCUAGGCAAACAGACUGAGGCCUUGCAGCUGUAUGAACGUGGCGUGAAGAGAGGUUACUUUGCCAGCGUCUAUCAGCGUUCGCUCUACAACGUACCUCGGCUGCGUGCACAACCCUUUUGGCAAAUUGUAGAUACGGAUCAAGUUGAAGAGCUGAAGCAGCUGCAGCGCAACUGGCGCUCCAUUCGCAACGAGGCGCUUGCGUUGCUCAAUGUGAAAGGCAACUUUCAGCUGGAGGCGGAGCAGCUGCGCGACACGGGCAACUGGCAGCAGUUCGAACUUUUUGCCCGCGGACAGCGUCUGCAGCGCAACUGCCAGCGCGCGCCCAUCACGUGUGCCCUGCUCGACAAAUUGCCAGCUGCUAGCGGCUGUCGUCGUGGCCAGAUCAAGUUCAGCGCCAUGCAGGCACAGACGCAUGUCUGGCCACACUGCGGACCCACCAAUUGCAGGCUGCGUGCCCAUCUCACGCUGGUGGCGCCGGAGCCACACUUAACCAGUCUUCGAGUGGCCGAACAAGAGCGCACCUGGCAUGAGGGCGAUUUGUUCAUCUUUGAUGACAGCUUCGAGCACGAGGUCUGGCACAAUGGAACGCAGCUACGUUUGGUGUUGAUCCUCGACCUUUGGCAUCCGGACUUAACUGUUGAGCAGCGACGCAGACUGACGCCCAUUUAACUCUUAACUCUUAUUAUCUAACUCUUGUUAAUAUUUCCAACCAAAAGCAUCCAAAGUCAACGCACUCAUUCUAGUUCUUUUGUUACAUACUUCACAUAGAUCUAUUUGUAUCUCUUAUCUGAUAAGUUUACUUUGUAUGAAUGCGCGUUUAGCUGUAAACACAAAACUGUGCCUAAGUCUCAAAUUUAAUGACUGCUUCG